AUGUCAGACCCUAUUCCCUCCGCGACAGCGAACCCUGAUGCUGUAGUCCAGCAAGUCCCGUCCAAUGCAGAAGAUCGCAAAGCUGCUGCUGCUCUUGGCUCGCUGAACACGGAGGGAGUCUCAAGUGAGGCCGCUCCUUCAAAAGGACUCACCAAUGCCCAACAAGAAGCCUUGAAUAAGGCUAUGAGCCGCUUAGAAGUCGCCGCCGGUCAAACGUCAAAUAGUAAGAAGAAGAUGGCGGAGACGCAAAAGAAGCAGCCCGAAACGCAGAAAAAGGCGGUCAAGGUGAACGCAGCCGAUGUGACGUUGCUGGUUGAGCAGCUCGAGUUAAACAAAAACAAGGCUACGGAUCUUCUCAGAGCUCACGAGGGGGAUGUGACCCGUGCCAUCAAAGCAUAUAUCGCACCCUCCAUUCGAACGUAA